CCCUCGGGGCGGGUGAGUAUUUGUCCUGUAGAAGGAGCUCAGAUAAAGGCCUGUUGGCUGGAGGAGGAGAUGUCACUUGUCGCCGGGACUCUGUGGCUGGCUGGCUGAAGUCACUCUAGGAUGGACAGUGCACUUUACUGUGUCCGGGCCAAAGUGAGGUUGGCCUGUCAGUGCUGCAGGGGACGCCAAGCAGAAACACGGAAUCCAGAGCAAGCUCACAACGCCGCCCCGGUAAUGUUGUCGCUUUGCUCCUGUGUGUGCAGUUCCUCGGGGUGGUGGAGACCCUGGGUGAUGACAGCUCGAGACGCGGAAAAGCAGAGGCCGAGCUCGCGUGGUUGUGAGAGUCCCUCUGAAACCAGGCGACCCUUGGGAUUUCAGCACCCAGUCAGACUAUACCUACCCAGAUCCAAAGCAGAACAUUAUCUACACCACAUGGGAGAGAAGGUUCUAGCCAGCUUCCCUGUGCAGGCAACAAUUCAUUUCUACAACGACGAUUCUGAUACAGAGGAAGAAGAGGAGGAGGAGGACGAGCUCAUGUCCUGUGGCUCAGAAUCAGAAAAUACCCCGGAAACAGCGCGGUUGUUUUGGAAACAGUGAAAAGAGACAGAGGAGGAGAUGAAUCAGCUUCAAAGCGGAAAAAUCUUGCCUUCAGAAAGUGAUACGACCACCACAAAACUAAAGGCCAACUCAACUUUCCGCUCCCUGCUUUCAUUUGUAACUGUAACUCAGUUAGGUAUUUGUAUACCACAGCAAUCCAAUGACACGUUUGCACUGUGGUGUGUGUGUGUGUGUAUGUGAAUAUAUUUUGUACGAUUUAUUUUAUUACUUUAAGAACUUUAACAUAUGAACUUUUCACAUGGGGAUAGAAUUUAAUCCAGAGUACCUCGCAAGCAGGGACUUUCUAAAUCAAAGUAUUAUAUGACACCAGUCUUAAAAUAACUUGUUAGCUGGUACUGUAUAACAUUAUACGUGUAUGUCAGUGCCUGUAGGUGGUGCAAUGACUCACACAGCAAGGGUCUGGGUUUGAAUCUUGCACACACAACAGAAUCUCUGGAAAUUUUCAAUAAAAUUAUAGCAUUGGUACAAAGUG